UUCGUUUCUUCCGUGUUUGUCAACGGUGUUUCCUUUUCACAAUGGAUGACCGACUUCUUUAUAGUUAGGAUUAUUUAUAAAAAGCUGAGUUUUGUUUCAACUUAUUUUUCUGCUCCCUGCCUCACAUAGAUCCUCAAAAAACAUGGCCAGUGACACAAAUUCAUUGAGAUACAAGGUCUACUUCAGCUUCCACAAAGGUGAAGACACAAUUCGUUACUCCUUCGUCAGCCACCUUUCCGCAUCUCUUCGCCGGAAAGGCCUGAUUCCUUCGGCUUCAUUGUUUGUGGAUAACUGCUCCAAUGGGACUCGGACAGAGAAACAUAAUUUCAAGGCCUUUGUGGUGGUCCUCUCUGAGAAGUACGUGUUAUCUUCUGAAUGCCUCGAUGAGCUUGCGGAAAUUGUUGAUCGCCAGCGGGAUAACCAAAACGUUGUAGUCCCGGUGUUUUAUAGCAUAACUCAAUCGGAAGUUAUGCAUAAAUCGCGAUUGGACAUAUUGAGAGAUACAUUUCCGCUAGAGAGUAACUCAGCCGAGCGGGUAACUAGAUGGAUAGGCGCUCUGAAGAAAACGGUCGAGUCGUAUAAGCCAAGCAGGAUGGAUUAUGGUGAUUGUGAACUUGUUGAAGAAAUUGCUAGGGAUGUGUACGAAAAGAUGUUUCCUACCAAACGAAUUGGAAUCUAUUCAAGGUUGCUUGAGUUGGAAAACUUUCUUUGCAAGCAACCAUGGGGUGUCCGCAGCAUUGGAAUUUGGGGCAUGCCAGGCAUAGGCAAAACUACACUUGCUAAAGCAGCAUUUGACCAAUUUUCUGGUGAUUAUGAAGUUUCUUGUUUCAUCAAAGAUUUCGACAAAGAAUUUCAUAUGAAAGGAAUUUAUUAUUUGCUGCAAGAAUACUUAGGGGGAACUGUCAGGGAAGAGCUUGAUAUAAACAAUUAUGUUAUGGAGCCAGAACCAAAAAGAGUUCUUAUUGUCCUAGAUAAUGUCUGCAAACCUCUGGAUGCAGAUGCUUUUCUGAAUGGGUUUGAUUGGUUUGGUCCAGGGAGUUUGAUAAUCAUAACUUCUAGAGACAAACAAGUAUUCGUGCAAUGUGGCGUCAAUCAAAUAUAUGAGGUUCAAGGUUUCAAUGUAGACGAGGCAAAGAAACUAUUCUCAUCUGGAAUAGAUUGGAGCAAAAGGAGUGGUUUGGAUACUCUUGAACCUUAUUUGAGGUCAGUGAUACAAUAUUCUAGUGGAAAUCCUUUAGCUCUCAGCUUUUAUGGAAAAGAGCUGCUACCCAAGAAUAUAGAAGAAAUAGAGACAGAGCUCCUCAGUCUGAAGCAAAUUCCUCCGCCUUUGAUUAUGGAAGCAAUCAAAAUCAGCUACUAUACACUUAAUGACAGCGAGAGGACUAUGUUUCUAGACAUUGCUUGUUUCUUCAGGGGAGAAAAUGUGGAUUACGUGAUGCAACUGUUUGAAGGGUGUGGUUUCUUUCCACAUGUUGGAAUAUCUGUCCUAGUUGAUAAAUGCCUGGUGACUAUUUUAGAAGGCAAGAUGCAAAUGCAUGAUCUCAUUCAGGUCGUUGCAAAGGAGAUUUCCAAUGAAGAGACUGUACAGCUAGAAAGACAUUGCAGAUUAUGGGACGCUUCAAUUAUUCAAUCUCUGCUAGAAGAUAAAGAACCCAAAUCAAUUGGGGAGUCUAUGGGUAUUGAAGAUAUUGAAGCCAUAUUUCUAGAUAUAUCCAACUUGGAAUUUUAUGUCAAUCCUAAUGCUUUCAAGAGUAUUCAUAAUCUUAGAUUUUUAAAGAUAUACAGCUCCAAUCAUGGAAAGCAUCAAGGACUUGGCAUAUAUAAAUCUCUUGAGUCUCUUCCAAAUGAGCUAAGGCUACUCCAUUGGGAGAAUUACCCUCUAAACUACUUGCCCCAUGAUUUUGAUCCUAGCCACCUUGUUGAACUUAACAUGCCUUACAGUAAACUUGAAAAGCUUUGGGAUGGAAUAAAGAAUCUCGAGAUGCUAAAGACGAUCAAGCUAUGUCAUUCCCAAGAACUUGUUGAAAUUAACGAUAUUUCAAAUGCUCAAAAUGUUGAGGUAAUUGAUCUCCAAGGCUGUAUAAAAUUUCCGAGUUUUCCUGCCACGGGUCAUCUACAACAUCUCCGAGUUAUUAAUCUUUCUGGUUGCGUGGAGAUCAAAAGCUUUACAGAGGUUCCACCAAAUAUCGAGGCAUUGUAUCUCAGUGGAACUAGUAUAAGAGAGAUACUAACAUUAACUACGAGGCUCACCUCGCAAUGUAGGAACUGCAUAGAUUGUCUUCAUGUCCAAACCUUAGAUUUUCUUAGAGUUCUUGAUCUCUCCGGCUGCUCAAGGCUAGAAGAGAUUCAGUGUUUCCCAAGGAACAUGAAAGAAUUAAAUCUUUCUGAUACUGCGAUCAGAAAAAUUUCAUCAUCAAUCGGUCAUCUCACUGCACUUGAGGUACUGAAUUUAACUAACUGCAAAAGGCUUCAACACUUGCCCAUGGGAAUGAGUAACUUGACCUCUCUUGUUAAGCUCAUGCUAACUGGCUGCUCAAAUCUUGAGCAUAUUCAAGAUUUGCCAACGGGCCUGAAAGAGCUCUAUCUUGCUGAGACGGCUAUUAGAGAACUGCCAUCGUCAAUUUGUCAUCUCUCUGAACUUGUUGUAUUCGAUGCCGAGAACUGCCAAAAGCUUCAAGAUUUGCCAACAGCAAUAGGUAACUUAAACUCUCUAUCUAUGCUAAAGUUAUCUGGCUGCUUAGAGCUUGAGGACAUCCACGAUCUUCCACGGAACCUUAAGAUUUUGAAUCUAGCUGAGACUCCUAUAAGGAAAAUGCCAUCAUCAUUUGAAGAUCUCACUGAACUAAUUUCAGUAGAUUUAAAUCAUUGCAAAAGGCUGCAACAUCUUCAAAUGGGAUCUUACAAGUCCUUAGUCAGGAUUGAGCUUUCUGGCUGCUCAGACCUGGAUUCUAUUAUUGGUUUCUCACUUCAAGACGUGGGACAACAUCAUAUAGAUGGGAUUGAGAAAGUGAGGUUAUGUGGGCCUCCUCCAUGUAAUGUCAUCUUUAUUUGGGAGAACUGGAGAACAUUUCAUGUCAUACCAGGGGAGAAAAUGGGCUCCAAAUGUUGUAUGAAGCUUACGCCAUUUUUAGCCUCGCCAUAUCGAUCGAAGCUGCCUUCUUCAUUUUUAUCCUCCUUGGUGUCGAGUAUGUACGCAUUGGUGUCGUUGUUGCUCAGUAAUGCCAACCUACUCGACAUACCUCAAGAGAUAUGUCAUUUUCCUUCACUAAAGACAUUGGAUCUCAGCGGAAACGACUUUAGCAAACUUCCUAAAAGCAUGAAGCAGCUUUGUAAGUUGGAAAGUCUUAUAUUAUGUCGCUGCAAAAAACUCAAAUCACUCCCAGAGCUUCCCCAAUGUCUAGAGACUUUGAAUGCACAUGGUUGUGUGUCUCUCAAGAAUGUUCAUAGGAGUUUCGAGCAGUUUCCUAGACAUUGCACGUUCAGCAAUUGUUUUAAUAUUUCUUCAGACUCUGUCAAGAAUAUUUUAGACAAUAGUAUAGCUCACAUGGCCAGACACCCUUGCCAGAAUCUCAUCAAAGCACAAGUAUCCAGUUUCUCUGUUCCGGCAUUCACUGGUCUGAAUUCCAUCUUUCACUUGCAACGAAGUUCAUCAGUGAAGAUAAGGAUUAAUCAUAUUAUAAAGCUUUUGGGGUUUAAAAUAACGGUUGUAGUUGCAUUUUGGGAUGACUCUCGCAAUGCUGCUAGUUUCGGUAUCAGGUGUGUCUGUAGAUGGAAAAACAAGAAAGGUCUCUCACGUCGCUUAGAAAGAGUUUUCUACUGCUGGACUCCAGAGGACGUUGCUCAAAGUGUUCUAGAAAAUCACAUGUUUGUCUUCUGUGAUGUCUCAAUGCAUCUGGGUAUUGCUGAUGGGAAUGACCAUGAUAUAUUGGAUGAUCUAAUUGUAUUUGAGUUCGUUCCUGUUAACGGGCAGAACAGGGUUCUUGAUGAUUGUUGCACUAUUACAGAAUGUGGAGUAGAUGUAAUUACUGAAAAAACAGACAAAGCAAGUCAUGACUUGAGGCGGCCAGGUUCUGCCUUAGACUCCAUGGAGCUUUCCUCUUAUGUGUUACCACAAUUCAAGAAGCGGAAACGAAGUUUCUCAGGAUCAAAAGACAUUGAAAUGGAACACGACAGGUUGAUCUUAUCAGAAACAAAUAGAAGGGUAGCUUCUGAUAUGGCUCCUCUUUCUUCAUCUUCUUUGUCUCCUCGUCCGAGAUACGACGUUUUCUUGAGCUUCUAUGAAGAUGUCCGAAGAACAUUUGUCAGCUAUCUAAUCAAGGAAUUUAAAUGGCUAGGAAUCACUGCAGUAUACAGCGGAUUAGUGGGAUGCGAGGUGACAAGUCAUCCUGAGGUCACAGAAGCCAUUAAGAAAUCAAGGAUAUCAGUUGUCAUUCUUUCAAAAAAUUAUGUUUCUUCAAGUAGGUGCUUGAAUGAAUUGGUGGAGAUCAUAACAUGGAGUAAAGAAACAUGGGGAUACCGAGUGAUACCAGUUUAUUACGAAGUGGAUCCAUCUUAUGUAAGGAAGCAGACCAAAACUAUUGGAAAGGGCUUGGUGGGAACAUUUUUGGGGAAAGUAGAGAAGCCAGAGGUGAAAUGGAGGAGAGCUUUGACAUACAUUGUCGAUGAAGUUGGUGAAUCUUCCCAGGACUGGAAUGAUGACACGAAAAUGAUUGAGAAGAUUGCUACUAAUGUUUCAAAACAAGUAGAUGUCAUGGAAUCAAAUGGAUUUGAUACAGUGUUUAUUAAGGAGACAGAGGACAUUGAAGAGUUUGAGACAAACAUCAGGGAUAAGUUAGAUGGUGUGCACAUCAUCCCGAGCUGGUAUAUGUAUGCAUUCUCUUUGAUUUAUCUGUGUCUUCUUGCUUCCCAAAGUGAUUACAUUACCCCUUCUGUAUAUAUAUGAUAUGAUCAAUUCAAGGAAGGCUCUUGUAACAUCAGCCUAGACCUUCUUCACUAAUUCAUACUGCUUUGUCAAGUUCCCAUUGUAUCAAGUCUAUCUUUAAGAUCUUGACGGUAUGACUAUGAGGCAAGCACAAUGAUUAUUGACUUUUAAUUCUCACAAGAAAACCAA